UCAACGAUGGCUCGCAGAACUAUAAAACCGAAAAUACUCAAACAAACAUCGCUGUCGUUCCCGGCAAAGCGGUCGAACAUAGCGUCGGGCGGAAAGGAGAAACAGUCUCAGUCGUCUGCUUCUGCGACUCCUCUACAAACGACUGCCGACAUCUCAGAUGUUGACGACGUUACCAGCACCUAUGAACCAUCCGAUCUUGAAGAAGUCGAGCAUAUUGCGACCCUCGCUAAAGAGGAUGACGAGGCGGAGCAGGUCUCCGACAGCGAACCUGAACGCACUCUGACGUCAAGAACGAAGGCGGGCAAGCGUGCGGCGCAGUCUGUGGAGGGGAAAGAGAAGGAGGAGGAGGAUGGUAUAGAGGACGAGGGGGAAGAGAAGGAGCGGCCGAAGAAGAAACGUCGGGUCUCUGUGCGGGUUGCCAAGUCUGCGGCUGCCUCUAUCGAGGUUCCUCCUAAGGGCGAGGAGAGCUUUGACCCCUCAGCGAAGAAGGGCAAGGGUAAGAGAACUAGGGGGAAGAAAUCUCUUGCCAAGUCCGUCUUCGGCUCGCGCGAGGGUGUUGAGAACUCAGAGGGCAACAGAGAGGCUGACUGGGCCACGGAGAGCAAGAAGAUCAAGAUUACCGCCAAGGGGAACGGCAAGGGAGCUGUUGCGAAGCACGUGGAUGUACUCAAGAUGAGGGAGUACUUUAGUUAUGUCCGUGCGCAGCAGGGGAACGUCAAGCCAAUUCACGCACAAAACCAUUCCAUGGAAGAUCAUAUCCUCCGCUUUUUUGAUCUCUCUUAUCAGUAUGGCCCCUGCAUAGGUGUCAGUCGCCUUCAACGCUGGGGACGAGCAGAAGCCCUAGGCUUGAGUCCCCCUGGAGUUGUGAAGCAACUCCUAACGAACGAAGACGGCACCGAACGAGUCGAAGUCAAGGAAUGUGUCUUCUUUGGGGAAGUUUGAGGCUUCUUCCCUAUCCCCCUUUCCCCUUAUCGGUGCUGUGCGUGAUUUUGUACUUUAGUCUCGCUCCACGGUCGAAAUUUGGACUUUCUGUUGUAGACUUGCCGUUGUAGUUGUAAAGUUGUGCAUAACUUACGAUUAUAUUUUACGGAUGUAGCAU